UCUAUCCUAAUCCGUUUCCUCCCAGAUCAUCUCGGGGGAUGUACCAUGGAAGGAGAAGAAUUCGGUUCAAAUCUGCAUCGCGCUGUCGCAAAAAGCCGAACAUCCGCGUCCCGACAACAUCCUUGACUAUCACUGGACAUCAAUCCAAAAAUGCUGGUCUUGGGAUGCGCGGAAUCGCCCGGAUGCUAUGGAAGUCAUUGAAUGCAUUACACCGAAGAACAUCAUCAUUUUCGGGGAACGUGGCGCUGGGAAGAGCUCCGUCAUCAACCUCCUAGCAGGUAGGAAGGUCGCUGAGACCUCGUCAGACCAGGACAGUCUUACAUUGCAUUACGACGCAUAUGGUACCACCAUCGACGGCAUACCGUAUCGCGUCUAUGAUACUACUGGGUUCGAUGACUACCGCACGAACCCUAGCGGAUUCCUUUACGCUAUCACCAAUGCUCACAAGUUGGCUAAGGAGCUCCGUGAGAAAGGAGGAGUCAAUCUGCUGUUGUACUGCAUCAAGGGGGACUUAAUACCACCAACAUUCAUCACUAACUACAGGCUCCUCUAUGAGCUUCUCUUUGAGGAGAAGGUACCAGUCGCGCUCAUCGCCACUCACCUAGAGAGAGAGGAUCACAUGGACGAUUGGUACACACGCAACAAGGGAUGGUUCGAGCGUCAGGCGGUCAAACAUGUCGAUCAUGCUUGUAUCACUACAGCGGACAAUCCGGACCCGAAGUGCACGGAGAAGUACGAAAUGUCCAGAACAGAAGUGGGCAAAUUGAUCAGUCGACAAGCACAACACUGGAAUAGAGGGGAUUGGUCGCAUGCGAGGGCCGUUGAGGCAGAUGACUCCUCAAUCGGGCAAGCAAGCAAAGCAGACGUUCUUAGAGUCCUCAUGAAGCGCUGCGGGUUGGGGGAAAGCUUAGCAAAGGUCGUGAUUCGAAAUCUUGCUCCUAACAUGGUUCAAAGCAGUGUCCGGACCAUUCCUCCUGAAAUGGCUGAAAGCACUAUUCGGACCAUCCGUUCUGAAAUGACUGAAAGCACUAUCCAGACCACCCCUCCUGAAAUAGUUGACAGCACUAUCCAGAUCACCCCUCCUGAAAUGGUUGAAAGCACUAUCCGGACCAUCCGUCCUGAGAUGUCCGAAAGCACUAUACAGACCACUCCUCCUGAUAUAGCUGACAGCACUGUUCAGGCUGUCCCUCCUGAAGCGGUUACAAGGACCGAGCCCGACACAACCUUUAGUAUGCCCGAUACCCCCAUACCGGAGGGACUGCAGGUGGUUAAGUACCACAGUCCUCCUAAACGGAACAAAAGUAUUGUAAUAUUUGGGGCGGGAGCAGCAGGAAAAAGCGCACUUGUCAACCUCAUGGCAGGCGAAAAUGUGGCGACGACAUCUAGUGACGUGAUUGUUUGUACGCAGCAUUGGGAAGAGUAUCCCAUCAGCUUCGCCGGCGAGUCUUAUAGUGUCUUCGACACCAUGGGAAUCGAUGAACCGCAGAUUGGAAUUCCACAGUACCUCGAUGCUGUCGAAAACGCCUAUCAGCUCAUCAAGAUGCUAGACGAAGAAGGCGGCAUUGAUCUUCUUCUAUUCUGUAUGCGCGCCGGCAGACUCACCGCUACGCAUCGGAGCAUCUACCGGCUCUUUAACGAAUUCCUGUGCGAGAAGAAGGUUCCUGUUGUUCUUGUGUUCACACACCUCGAAAUUGAGCCAGGGGGGAUGGAGAACUACUGGGAGAGAAACCGCAACACCUUCGAAAAAUACCUGAGCCCGAUCGCCGGUCAUGCGUGCAUCACCGCCACUAGAGGAAAUUCCCCGCAACGUUAUGAAGAAUCACGCACUACGAUCCGGAAUGUUGUUCAGCGAUUGACCGCUGACAGGCAGAGGGAUACCUUGUUCGCGUCGUUGAUACGUAAGCCGAAGGAGUUACUUGCCGGGGGUCCGCUUGUGAAAAGGAAGGAUCUUGUCCCUCUUCUCACAAAGCGUUGUGGUAUAUCUCCAGACAUCGCAAAACGGUUGGCUGAUAGAAUCAGGCAAGACGUAGGUUGAUGAUUUCAACCAUGCCUUAUGCUCACCCGAUUGUAAUUGUAGACUUAGUCUUUAUCGAGGAUAUGUUGCACAUCUGAGUUGAUACUAAUACAUAAUUC